CUUCAUUUCUAUCCAUUCUCCAUCAGUCGACCGGCACACGUGUGUUUGUCGUCAGUCAUUCGUUCUGUUGACUUAUUUAUACUCCAUCGAUCUCUUCGUGCCCUCUUUGCGAAGAGCUACCAGCUCGAAAGAUUGAUCUUCGUGAUCAACCACUGACUAACUGAUCGUCCGGUUCUUGACACUCGUUCUCCAGUUUUUCUGUUGCUCUUGUACAAUGAGAUUCUCUCUCGCCCUUGCCGGCGCCGCCCUCGCGGGCAGCGCCCUGGCGGCCGACCUGCCCGUGAUUGCCUCCAAGGGCAACAAACUGUUCUAUUCCAACAACGGCACUGAAUUCUUCAUCCGUGGUGUUGCCUACCAGCAGGAGUACUCCUCCAACGGCACGGCCUCGGACAACGCGGACUACACUGACCCCCUAGCCGACGACUCCGACUGUGAGCGCGACAUUCCCUACCUGAAGCAGCUGCGCACCAACGUGAUUCGAACCUAUGCCGUCAACCCAGACAAGAACCACGACCGCUGCAUGGGUCUGCUGGCAGACGCCGGCAUCUAUCUGAUCACCGAUUUGUCCUCGCCCAGUGAGUCUAUCAACCGUGCCGAUCCCGCCUGGAACGUCGAUCUGUACAACCGCUACACCAGUGUCAUCGAUGCUUUUGCCAACUACACCAAUGUUAUCGGCUUUUUUGCUGGUAACGAGGUUGCUAACAACAACACCAACACCAACUCAAUUGCUUUCGUCAAGGCUGCCGUGCGUGACAUGAAGGCCUACAUCAAGAAGAACCACCGUGAUACUCUGCUUGUCGGAUACGCUACUGAUGAUGACGCCGAACUCCGUGCGGACUUGAAGGAUUACCUGGUCUGCGGUGACGAGGACAGCCGUAUUGACAUGUUUGGUUACAACAUUUACGAAUGGUGCGGUGAAUCGAGCUUUGCUGCUUCUGGAUACAAGGCCCGCACUGAGGAAUUCAAGGACUACCCCGUCCCAGCCUUCUUCUCCGAAUAUGGCUGCAUUGACCCUCGUCCUCGCAAGUUCACUGAUGUCCCUGUCCUGUACGGUGACCAGAUGAACGAUGUGUGGAGCGGUGGUAUUGUCUACAUGUAUUUCCAGGAAGCCAACGACUACGGCCUGGUCAGCAUCGAUGACGGCGAUGUCAAGACCCGGGACGACUUCUCCUACCUUUCCUCCCAGAUGCAAAAGGUCACCGCUACUGGUGUCAACAGCAAGACCUUCACCGCCAGCAACACUGCCAUUCCCACAUGCCCCUCCGUCGGCAAGGCCUGGGAAGCCAGCUCUGACCUUCCUCCUUCCCCUAACGCGAACCUCUGCUCUUGCAUGGAGGACACUCUCACUUGCAAGGUGAAGGACAACGUCGACGAGGAAGAAUACGGCGAAAUCUUCGGCUACAUUUGCGGCCUUGAGGGUGGCAAGUACUGCGCCGGUCAGAAGGCUGAUGCCGUCAAUGGCACAUACGGAGCCUACAGCGUCUGCACCACUAAGCAGCAGCUUUCCUUCGUCAUGAGCCAAUACUACAAGGCGCAGAACAGCGAUGAUGCUUGUGACUUUGACGGCCGCGGUGAGACCGUUGACGCCAAGGACUCAAGCGACAGCUGCAAGACCUUGCUUGACGAAGCUGGCACAGACGGUACCGGCAACGUUAAUACACCCGACGGCGGUGUUGGCGGUGAUGCUUCGGGCUCUGGCUCUUCGUCCAGUGAGACCUCUGAUGGUGCUGCCGGACUUGGACCCCGUCCUAUGGCUGUCUACGUUGGCAACUGGCAGCUCGGCGCCUACAUCAUGACCAGUGUUGUUGCUGGUCUUGGUAUGCUUCUGCUGUAGUGUAAGAUUUGAUUGAUAUAACUUUGUUUUCGUGUAUGAUCUUUUAGUACAUAACUUCAAUAUAUCGUUGCUUCGUCAACUUUA